UUGGGUUGAUUAAGAUCGCCUCCCUCUGAGUCUAACUUAUAUAGAGGAGAGAGAUGGUUUGGAGGAAGGAGCACUUGGACCUGAUCUUGGUUCCCAGUGGGUUAUCUAUUAUGCUUGGCUAUCAUCUCUUCCUUCUCUACAGGUGCCUAAGAUGUCCACAGACCACUGUGAUUGGCUAUGAGAACCACUAUAGAUUAGCUUGGGUAGAGAGAAUGUUGCAGACUGAAGCUCCCAACAGAAAUAUACCUUUGUCCGUGAUCUCAAGCGCCAUAACAGCUUCGACAUCUCUGGCAUCAAUAUCCUUGGCUCUAAGUUCACUAAUUGGUGCAUGGUUUGCAAGCUCUUCAAAUGACGUCUUGACUAUUCCUUUCGUAUAUGGCGACACAAGGCCUACCAUUAUUUCCAUCAAGUACAUCAGUCUUCUGAUAUGUUUCAUGCUCGCCUUUGCAUCAUUUGUCCAAUGUGUACAAUGCCUGGUCCAUUCCAAUUUCCUGAUCAGCAUGCCGAAUAGCGAUGUCCCAGUGAAGUACGUGCGGAGAGAAGUGAUACUGGGAGGCGUGUUUUGGUGCCUCGGUCUGCGCGCAAUCUACUUUGCGAUCACUUUGCUGUUGUGGAUUUUCGGUCCAAUACCUAUGUUUGUUUCCUCAAUAACCAUGGUCAUGAUGAUGCACUUCCUCGAUACUAACUCCACCCCGCUACAUCAAUUUCAGCCAGCUUGUCUCCUCUAAUAAAAGGGCCUUAGAGCUUCAUAGAAGUUUGAAUUUCAAAGGAAUUUUAGAUGCAUGACGAUGUUCUCUAGGAUUUCCUUAAUCAUCAGGUGGAGACAUUUUUGAGAUGGAAAAGCUUUUCAAGCUGACAAGAUGUUGAAAUUACGCACAUUUUGUCCUCUACUUUUUCUGGGUAGCAUGUUGCACUGAUUUGCGGUUUCAUUCUACUUUCCAUUUUCAGGUUCAUCUGCUGUAUUUAUAUGCACCUUCCCGUGUUCUGAUUAUUUAUGUAUUGUGAAGCUAAAAACAAGACACGUGUUCUGUCAAUGAGCAAGAAAUUGUCAGUCCUCUACUA